AUGACAGAAAAUAUAUUUGAUGACAUUAAAAUUCAAUUUGAACAGGCACUUGGUAAUGUUCUUGCACAUGAAAAAGAAAUUUGUAUAAUACAAAAUAAACUACGUCGUCAUUUUAAUACAACAUCAUCAUAUUAUUUAUGUUCAACAGAUUUUAAAUCACAUCGAGUGUCAAGUGAGACUUCUAAUGCUACUGAUAAUAUAGAAUCAGUAAAAGAAAUUGCAUCUACAAAAGAACAACCUGUCAUUAUAUCAUCUAAAUCUUCCGCUACAACUUUUUUCAGAUCAUCGUUGGCUGCUAAUAAUGGAAGUAGCAUAUCAACAUCACCAGAAGAACAAACAGUUGAACAACUUCUUGAUUCAUGUAAUAAUAUUGCAUCAGAAUCGAAUGAAUACCUAUUGCUAACAAGAGGCCAAAAGUUAAAAAUAACAACAGAUCUAAUGACUACUUCGGAAUGUAAAAUCAAUCAAGAGAAAAAAAUUAAUAAAUUAGAACGACGAUUACGUAGUUUAUCUAAGACAAUACGUGAAUUAGAAGAAAAAGAUAUGUCAUUAGAUGAAAUGGAACAUUGUGAGUUAUACGUUAUAGAAUCAAAUUUAAAAAAACGAGCAUAUGAAGUUUAUACUCAACUUGCUGAACUCAAGAGUCAAUCAUCGUCUAUUGAACGUAUUCUUGAUCAACCGGUUACUCUAGCAGAGUCUGAAAUUGAUCAUCCGUUGAUUAAUAAGUCUCUCGAAGAUAUGGUUAAUCGAACAAAAUAUUUACCGUCUUUUAAUGAUGUUCUCAAUACAAUAGAAAAAACAAAUAAGAAAUAUGAACUUAAUCUUAGUAUGGAUGUUCGAAAAAAUUUAGCUGAAAAAUCAUUUAAAAUAAUUGGUAAAAAAAUAAAAAACCGACGCAUGGCUGAUUUUCAUGAUAUCAUGAAUAGUCGUCUCCCAGAAGAUUUCGAUAUCGAACAAAAUGAUCCGGCAUUGAACAAUGUUGAAAUUGAAAAAGCAUUAUCAGAAAACGAACAUGAAGCUAUUGUUAAAACAGAAAAAAUUUUAAAUGAAUUUUCUCAAAUUGAUCCAAGUCUUGCACCAGAAAUUAUUAUUGAAUCAUCGGAAGAAUCAAAUAUUGAAAGUGAUGAAGAAGGAAAAAUUGAGGAAGAAGAAGAAGGAGUUGAGCUGGAAUCUGAAGUGAAUGUUGGGCUAUCUGACAAUAAACCUGAUGAAGCUCAAUAUGACAUCGUUGAUAUUCUUCCACCUUUCUCAUCAGAAUCCUCGUCUCCUGCACAACCAGUUGUAAGCGAAACCAUAAAUAACGAAGAUCCUGUAGAAACUACAGUUGAAAUUUCUGUUAAUAAUCAUACAUUAACAAUUUUAUCAACAGCUUCUAUACCACUAAAAAGAACAGCACGUGAUUCAUUUGCUUCAAUUAUUCAAAGGACUGAACCAGAAGCUUAUAUUACUAUCGAUGAGAAUAAUGCUCAACAAUCGCAAUCUAUUGCAUUUAUACAGGAACAUAGUGUGCAGACAAUCAUACCUCGACGCAAACAACAUAUACCUGCUGACGAAACUGUAUAUAAUUGUUAUAAAACACAACUAACCAAUAACGAUUCAUCGAUUGCUCAAAAACGAACAUUACCAAAAGAAGUUGAAUCUUCCAAAUCGAAAACUCCUAAAAAUCAUCCUGAGAUUGUUAUACUUGAUUAA